GCCACUAUCAGCUGCUCGCUGACACGCUUCCUCGAAGCAUUGGAGCUGGCGUCGUCUUACUCCACUGUGUCCUAGUCUUUCUCCUUUGACCAUCGUUUUAUUAUAUAUAUCGGAGAGAGAAAUAAAGGGAGGUAGAGUCAGUACAGCCUCAAUCCUCUCCUCCAGUCUUCAACUGACAAGCGAGCCGGACAGACGGGGCAGAGUGGCUCUGUUCUUUCUUCAGAGUGUUUUUUCCUCUCUCGCUCUUGUCAGCUGCUUCCACGCCGACCGCAAAGAUGCACCGUCCUGUAGGAGGACUGACAUUGUUACUGCUGGUGGCUUUGUGGAUUUUCUGCAACGUCAACUGUGCGCGUGGAGCUUUGCCAACAACUCCAAAAUGUGAUGAGGCUCUGGCCUCUCCUUUGCCGCACACAGCGUUCUCCAGCUCAUCAAUCUUCUCAAAUGGAUAUGCACCUGGAUAUGCCAAGCUCAACCGGCGAGGAGGUGCUGGUGGAUGGUCUCCACUCGAUAGCGAUCACUACCAGUGGCUGCAGGUGGACCUGGGCUCCAGAAAGCACUUGAGUGCCAUAGCCACACAGGGUCGCUACAGCAGCUCUGAUUGGACGACGCGGUACCGUCUGCUCUACAGCGACACAGGAAGGAACUGGAAACCUUAUCACCAGGAUGGUAACAUAUGGGCCUUCUCUGGAAACUCCAACUCGGAGAGUGCAAUUCGGCACGAGCUGCGUCAUGGGAUCGUGGCUCGCUUCCUGAGGCUUGUGCCCCUGGAAUGGAGCAAAGAGGGCAGGAUUGGUCUCCGGGUAGAAGUCUAUGGCUGCUCGUACUGGGCAGACAUGAUCAAUUUUGAUGGGCAGGGGGUGAUCUCGUAUCGUUUCAAGGUCAAAAAGAUGAAGCUCAUCAAGGAUGUGAUUGCACUGAGGUUCAAGACGUCAGAGAGCGAGGGGGUGAUUCUGCACGGGGAGGGGCAGCAGGGGGACUACAUCACCUUGGAGCUCUGCAAGGCCAAGCUGCAGCUGCAGAUUAACCUGGGCAGUAACCAGUACGGCUCAAUUCUGGGUCACACCUCAGUGACGACGGGCAGCCUCUUGGAUGACAACCACUGGCACUCGGUGGUUAUUGAGCGCUACCGUCGGAAUGUCAACUUCACACUGGACAGACACACUCAACACUUCAGGACCAACGGGGAAUUUGACCACCUCGACUUGGACUAUGAGUUGAGCUUCGGGGGGAUGCCUUACAGCGGCAAGCCAGUAGGAGGUGGGCGCAAGAACUUUAAAGGCUGCAUGGAGAGCAUCAACUACAAUGGAGACAAUAUAACUGACCUGGCCCGGAGGAAGAAGCUGGACACCUCAAGCUUUCGUAACCUGUCAUUUUCCUGCGUGGAGACGCAUUCCUUUCCCAUCUUUUUCAACGCAACCAGCUUCCUGCAGCUGCCGGGUUGGGCCGCUCACCACAUCAUAUCAGUGGGCCUCCAGUUCCGUACAUGGAACCCACACGGGCUACUCGUCUUCAGUAACCUUGACGAUGGGACUCUGGAAAUUUCACUUGAAGACGGCAAGGUGGUCCUUCACAUCAAUGUGACCAGGGCAGCCAGGCACUACCUGGUGGGCUUAACGUCAGGUUCUGGCCUUAAUGAUGGCCAAUGGCAUGCUGUACGUUUGGUUGCCAAGGAAAAUUUUGCCAUGUUGAUGACAGAUGGCGAUGAGGCUUCUGCUGUACGUUCCACGUCACCUCUCUCAAUCACCACUGGAGGAACGUAUCACCUGGGAGGGUAUUUUCUCCAGACGUUGUUCCCGCCCUCUCAGCGCUUCUUCCAGGGUUGCAUGCAAGCAAUUGUUGUGGAUGACCAACCAGCUGAUUUGCAUGCAGUGGAGAAAGGCACAGUGGGAGCUUUUGAGAAUGUCAGCCUGGACGUGUGUGCCAUUAUAGAUAGAUGUAUGCCUAAUCACUGCGAGCAUGGCGGUCGGUGUAAACAGACAUGGGACAGUUUCAGCUGUACUUGCGAUGGAACUGGAUACACUGGUGCCACCUGUCACACCUCUAUCUAUGAGCCAUCAUGCGAGGCCAAUAAGCAUUUGGGCCGGUCCUCUGACACCUACUGGAUAGACCCUGAUGGCAGUGGACCUCUGGGCCCCUUCAAAGUCAGCUGCAACAUGACAGAGGACAAAGUGUGGACCGUAGUCAUGAACAACCUUCCACCCAAAACAACAGUGACUGGUUCCAGUAGAGAGAGACGCACCAUCCUCCAAGUCAAUUACAGUGCCUCUAUGGACCAGGUAACAGCCAUCACCACCAGCGCAGAACACUGUGAGCAACAAAUCACAUACAGUUGCCGCAUGUCCAGACUGCUCAACACUCCAGAUGGGACUCCUUACACAUGGUGGGUGGGCCGGGGCAGUGAGAAGCACUUCUACUGGGGGGGUUCGGGUCCUGGCAUCCAGAAAUGUGCCUGCGGCAUCGACAGGAACUGCACUGACCCUAAGUAUGAUUGCAACUGUGACGCCGACCACUCGCAAUGGAAAGAAGAUUCUGGCCUCUUGACAUAUAAGGAACACCUGCCAGUCAGCCAGGUUGCCGUGGGCGACACCAACCGAGCUGGCUCCGAAGCCAAACUGACAGUUGGACCGUUGCGCUGCCAGGGAGAUGAUAACUACUGGAAUGCCGCUUCAUUCACCACCCCAUCAUCCUACCUUCACUUUGCCACCUUCCAGGGGGAGACGAGCGCCGACAUCUCGUUCUACUUCAAGACCAGCGCACCUUAUGGGGUCUUCCUGGAAAACCUGGGCAAUACAGAUUUCAUACGUUUAGAGCUGAAAUCUCCCCAAGUUGUCUCCUUCUCUUUCGAUGUGGGAAACGGCCCCGUGGAGUUAACGGUACAUUCAGCCGCGCCUCUCAACGAUGACCAGUGGCACCGCGUGACGGCCGAGCGGAACGUCAAGGAGGCGGUUCUCCAGCUGGACCAGACCUACCAUGUGUCUCGGCCAGCACCGGCGCAGGGGCACACGCGGUUAGAACUGUUCAGCCAGCUCUAUGUGGGGAAACCAGCCUCACCCACCUGCCAAGACAGUGCCGCAGGGGGCCAGAGGGGUUUCCUGGGCUGCAUCCGAGCUCUACGGAUGAACGGCGUCACCCUUGACCUGGAUGAGAGAGCCAAGGUGACGCCCGGGGUCAAGCCCGGCUGCCAAGGCCACUGUACCAGUUAUGGCAUGUAUUGCCGCAACGGGGGAAAGUGUGAGGAGAAGUACAACGGGUACUUGUGCGACUGCACCGCCACUGCCUAUGACGGCCCUUUCUGCACUCGAGGGACACACAGGCGGGAUGCACUCCUUCAGACAGAUGUUGGAGGCUUUUUUGAGACCGGAACAUUGGUAAGGUACAAUCUCCUCCCUGAAGGCGCAGCAGGAGCCAUGAAGGACUCCAAGGUCCUCGCGAGUCACCUGACUUUGAAGGAAGUCAACUCAACCAAAGAGGAAGUGACGUUUAGUUUCAGCACAUCCAGUGCACCAGCCAUUUUAAUGUAUGUCAGCUCCAGGACAGAGGACUACAUGGCGGUGGUGUUGAGGCAUAAUGGUUCUCUACAGGUCCGCUAUAACCUCGGAGGUCUGAAGGAGCCGUUUGCCAUCGACGUGGACGAGCGGAACCUAGCCAAUGGACAACCUCAUAGCAUCAAUAUGUCUCGCAUUGACAGAAACCUCACCAUCCAGUUGGAUCAUUACCCUGCAGUCAGCUACACCCUCCCAGAUGCCUCGGACACCAAGUUCAACCUGGUCAAGACCCUCUUCUUGGGCAAAGUUUAUGAAACGGGCCACGUUGACCCAGUGGUGAUCGAGCGUUACAACACCCCGGGUUUCAUUGGCUGCUUGUCGCGGGUGCAGUUCAACGGAGUCGCCCCUCUCAAGUCCGCGCUAAGGAGUAGCACAGACACCGCUCCUGUGCAAGAAGAGCAGCCUGCAGCUGCCUCGCCGGUGUCUUACCAGGGGAAACUGGUGGAGUCCAACUGUGGGGCAUCACCGCUCACCAUCCCACCAAUGUCAGCCGCAACAGACCCCUGGCAUCUGGACAACACAGAUGCAGAAUUCCCAUUCAAUGAGGAACGAGUGAUUCCCGAUGGAGUCAAUAGAAACUCAGCCAUUAUCGGAGGGAUCAUUGCAGUGGUGAUCUUCACCAUCUUAUGCACUCUGGUGUUCCUGAUCCGCUACAUGUUCCGUCACAAAGGCACCUACCACACCAAUGAGGCCAAAAGCGCCACAGAGCCCGCCGGCGAGUCUACAGACACGGCCGUCAUCAGCACAGACAACCCGGAAACCAUUGAGGAAUCAAAGAAGGAGUGGUUCAUCUAACAACCACUGGCAUGACACUGAGACAGGAUGUGGGUCGUCGAACCACAAGUCGCCACCUAGAUGGAGAUGGUUACAUGAAAUGAGCAAUCGCGGGAAGAAUUAAGAAAAGGUCAUUCAGUAGGACAAUAAUCCACCGAAGGGAGAGAGACAUGGAUGUUUUUGUUUUGUUUUUUAUAUAUAUCUAUAUCGAGAGUACAGAAAAUAUGAAGGGGUCGGCCGAGUGUUGCUACACAAGACUCUACAUGUAAAUACUAACUGGCUUGUGCUUUGUAUCGUGCUUGGGAGUUUUACGGAGUCCUUUGAAUACUGUAUAUGACAAAUAGUUCUAUUUACUGGGUUGUGUGAUAGGACAGAGUCUCUGUUCAUUUUGAUUUCAUUUUUUAACAAAAAUAUAUCUAAUAUCGAAAAAGAUCAACUCAUCAUGCCAAACCAUUAUUAUUUAGUUUUUGCAGCCUCCCAAAGCUUUGUAUAUACUUUUAUUUAAAAAAAAAAAUGUAUUUAGAGAGUCCAUUCAUAAAUACUAAUCUAUGAAGGAGCGUUAGGGCCACACUCAAAAAAAAAAAAGUUUCACUCUUACUCUUAUGAAUAAAGUCGAUUAGUCAAUUGAUGUCAAAAAUUCCCACAACCUAAACGCAUCAGCCACAAAGUGACAUCUCUUCGAGAUGUGCCAUAUUCUCAAUUCUUGCUGUUUGACGAUCGUACAAGUUUUGCAAAAGUGACGAUUUCACUGUUUCUCAGGAACGAACACAUUCAACAGUUCAAACUGGUGAUGGUGUCAAUGUGACAAAACGUCCAUUUACAUGUUUGUAAAAGUUCAACUCAUGUUACAAACACAUUAAACAUUCCAAACUGUUGAUGGCAUUAAUGUGACAAAAACAUUGUCCAUUUACAUGUUUGUGAAACUUAAACUGUUAAACUCGACAGGAUUCUUGCCAGUCCCCAUUUUAUCAGUUUAUAUGUGUAAUAUUCCACACCCUGUAUUUUAUUGUUUCCAUUUUUCUUUCUGUAGCGUGGCUGCCAUAAUACUCCUUCAUCCUAAUCUAUAUGGUUAUCAAAUAUUUGCCAAUGACAGUACAUAAUGUAUGUAUCGAAUAGACUUUUAUGUUGAAUUUGUAUGACGUUCGAUUGUACGGGGGACGUGUUUGGUGUUUCUCCGAGCAUGAUGGGAAAUCUUUAUCGUCAGCGGUUGCGUUUAUUUAGCUCAACAUUGCAGCUUUCUUUUCAUUUGGAACCGGUCUUUACUCAUUCGGACUUGAACCCUUCAUUUGUCUCUUUGCCAAACAUGCAUCUUACACCGUGCACCUCAAAUUUGGAUCGAAGGUAUUGUCUUCGCAUAACAUUGUGACAUAAAGCACAUCGCCAAAAUGUGAGCUUGUGGGGGGGUUGUUCGAGAUGGGAUUGUAUCGAUCAGUGAAGUAUCGGUGCACUGAACUCCGCCUAUUUAGAGACAAAAACAAGUCAGAGCUGAUCCUUGAUUUGGACGUGCAAAGUCGUCAAGUUAAUAAUUGGCUUUUUUCAAAUCAAUUGUGCCUUUGAGCCAUUUCGCCUUGUCCUGGACGAAACCUGACUACCGCUGCAUGAAAUCUCAUCUGAUUUGAACGGUGCUCAGCCCUUAACGUGCAAAAUGCAGAAUGUCCUCUUUUAGAGACUUGCAAAGCUGCGGAAGGUGAUGUUGACGGAUGAGCGAUGCGCCUCCUAGCCUAAACAGACGCACAUAGUGGCAAAUGGUGAAUAUGUCAAUGUUGUUACUCAGAUCCAACAUGUUCAGAACAAGCAGGCAGCUUGAAUAGAGACUUAAAAAGCAGUGCCGUUCUCAUCCAACUUGCAUUUGAACGAUGUCGGAUUUCCAAUCCAUACCUAUAUUGCCCCCCCCCCCCCCCCCCUUUGUGUUUAUUCUGCAUUCUCAUGACAAUUCGACAAGCUGCCAAAUGUGUACGCUUUUUAUGAGUUACUUUGGAUGUGUGUGUGUGUGUGGUGAAUCUGCUGUGAAGCCCUCUUCCACGAACGGAUUUGUGCAUCAUUGUUGCCUCGUAGCUAACGUCAACUCUGGUCUGCCUUUUACUUUGGCCUCAAGCAAGACUUAAUCCGUAAAGGCAAACGAGUGACUCCCUUUUCUCUAAUUGUGAUGGUGCUACUAUACAGUACCUCCUCAUGCACACACACAUAGGCCCUCUUAAUGAGGUUCAAACAUCAGAACGAGCUACAGUAGAUAAAAUCAUAACCCAAAUGUUUUUUUGUUUUAGAUCUGUUGAGUUCAAUAAAGAGUGUUUGAUCUUUACUUACAA